CACGCAUCAUAUUUAACCCUUACACAACUUAUGCAUGCUCAUUUGGCACAUCAACAAAGCGUCAAAAACUCCUUCAAUCUUCAUCACCCGUAACCUCAUUACCAAACCAAAGAAAAGCUUAUAUAAGGUGUAAAGGCUUGUCCCCAGAAAUUGUUUCCUCAGAAAAUGGCAUUGGCAAGGAUUGCUAGGGCCAACCUGAGAAAAUCAGGAGGUGCUCUUGGUAGUUAUGCUCGUGAGAAGGAUGUGUUCAAUGAGGGAGCCUACACAAGCAAAUGCUCCUUACCUUCCUAUGUAAAUUUCAAAUCAGAUGGAAAGUUUUCGUAUGUUCCAAGAAUCAAGGAACAGAACUACAUGAACUUUUCAAUGAGAGAAAUAUCAGGAACCCCAUACCAUCAGUUUCCUUCUGCUAACACACAGAGGGUUAUAGAGGACUCUGAGUCAGAGUUGGAGUAUGAUCAACCAAGAUAUGCAGGACUAGAGGCAACAAAACCAGGUGAAAAGCCUAGAGUGGUUGUUCUUGGUACUGGUUGGGCUGCUUGUCGGUUCCUCAAAGGUUUAGACACCAGAGUUUAUGAUGUUGUAUGCAUAUCACCAAGAAAUCACAUGGUCUUUACUCCUUUGUUGGCUUCAACAUGUGUUGGAACCUUGGAAUUCCGGUCUGUUGCCGAGCCUGUUAGCAGAAUACAGGAUGCAUUGUCAAAGGACCCCAACUCCUACUUCUUUCUAGCCUCCUGCACUGGCAUUGACACACACAAACAUGAAAUCUAUUGUGAGGCAGUUAACAAUGGUGGAUUGCCUCGAGAGCCUUACCAAUUUAAAGUCGCAUAUGACAAGCUUGUAAUUGCAGCUGGAGCUGAGCCUUUAACUUUUGGUAUCAAGGGAGUAACCGAGCAUGCUUUUUUUCUUCGUGAAGUGAACCAUGCUCAAGAAAUAAGGAAGAGACUUCUCCUUAACUUGAUGCUUUCUGAAAAUCCAGGGAUAUCAGAAGAAGAAAAGAAACGCCUUUUACACUGCGUAGUUAUUGGAGGUGGUCCUACGGGAGUAGAAUUUAGUGGUGAACUGAGUGAUUUCAUCAUGAGAGACGUUCAUGAGCGUUACACUCAUGUUAAAGAUUACAUUCAUGUCACGCUCAUUGAGGCAAAUGAGAUACUGUCAUCCUUUGAUGUUAGCUUACGGCAAUAUGCAACAAAGCACUUAACAAAGUCUGGGGUCCGUCUUAUGCGAGGUGUUGUGAAGGAAGUGCAUCCCAAAAGGAUAGUUCUGAGUGAUGGAACAGAAGUUCCUUAUGGACUCUUGGUCUGGUCCACAGGGGUUGGUCCCUCUAAGUUUGUGAAGUCACUAAAUGUUCCUAAAUCUCCUGGUGGAAGAAUUGGUGUUGAUGAAUGGUUGCGUGUUCCAUCUGUGGAAGAUGUCUUUGCCCUUGGAGAUUGUGCUGGUUUUCUUGAACAAACUGGAAAGCCUGUGCUUCCAGCUCUAGCUCAGGUUGCUGAAAGGGAAGGGAAGUUUCUUGUGGAGUUGUUCAACAAAAUAGGGAAACAGAAUGGAGCCAAGGCUUUCUCUGCAAAAGGCAUGCCACUUGGUGAGCCUUUUGUCUACACGCAUCUUGGGAGCAUGGCAUCAGUAGGUCGCUAUAAAGCACUAGUUGAUCUACGACAGUCAAAGGAUGCAAAGGGGUUGUCACUUGCUGGUUUCAUUAGCUGGCUGAUAUGGCGCUCUGCAUAUCUUACCCGUGUAGUUAGCUGGAGGAACAGGUUUUACGUGGCAGUGAACUGGGCUACCACUUUGGUCUUCGGCAGAGACAACAGCAGGAUUGGUUGA